AGGCGUGCGCUGGCGCGCAGGCGCAGUAGCCGGCCGACAGACUGUGUAUUUCCAAAAUGGCGGCAGCGAUGGAUGUGGAUACCCCGAGCGGCACCAACAGCGGCGCGGGCAAGAAGCGCUUUGAAGUGAAAAAGUGGAAUGCAGUAGCCCUCUGGGCCUGGGAUAUUGUGGUUGAUAACUGUGCCAUCUGCAGGAACCACAUUAUGGAUCUUUGCAUAGAAUGUCAAGCCAACCAAGCGUCCGCUACUUCUGAAGAGUGCACCGUGGCAUGGGGCGUCUGUAACCAUGCUUUCCACUUCCACUGCAUCUCUCGCUGGCUCAAAACACGGCAGGUGUGUCCGUUGGACAACAGAGAGUGGGAAUUCCAAAAGUAUGGGCACUAGAAAAAGAAUUCUUCCAUCAAGCUCAACUGUUUUUGUUACCCACUGAAUGCCUUGCCCUCCUGUUACUUAUUAUAAAUUAGAUAGAACUGUGUCUCUUCUGCUUUGUCUUUUCGGUUUGCUAUUCCGGCAGCCAUACUGUAUUCUGUGUCAAAUAAAAUCCAGUUGGAUUCUAGAACAGACGCUGUCUUUUGUGUAUGUGCAAAAAGUGAACACAAGUAAAGGGCCUCCUGCCCCUUUCUAGGGUGGAAGGCCAGGUUUUGAAAGUGAGGUGUUUGUUCAUCAGAGCCAAAGCAGGAUCGUCCUGUGAGCACGUCGCUUGGUCUCGAGGAAGCCUGGUCCACAGCCUGGCUGCUGCUGAUGAUCUUGGGCGAGUGGUCUGUCUGCUCCGAGCUCUUCCUCCUCCGUGAAGUGGCUGCUAAGGACUAAACAGGAUCAUGUGGGCACAGAAAGAGGCCUUAUAAACUGUGAGAACGCUGUACAGGUGUUAACUUUGUGUAUGACAUGUUGCUUUCUCAUUUUAGUUUAGAAAAGUUAACUUGAAAAAAAAUUUAUAUGUCAUCUUGGCUGGCGAUGGAGUAAUCUGUGAACUCAAAUUGGAAAACAGUGUCAUUUAGAGUUAACGGGAGAAUUCAGGUUUCCCUUCCUCACCACCACCCUUUGUAAUUUGUUUAAGAUGCCUUGGCUGUGGACAGAACUGCCAGUUCUAACACUACUUCAGUCUCUUAGUCUUUAACUGAGAGGCGGGUUAAUUUACUGCAGUGAUUCUCAAAGUGUGUGCUGAGGACUUGCGGGAGUAAUGGAAACACUUUCAGGAGGUUCACGAAGUUCCUUUUCCGGCUGCAUGUCUGUACAAGGCCAAUUUUUCUUUUUUUCCUUCAGACAAAGCAACGUAUUGAAUGAAAAAACAGAGCAGCGAAUCCAGCUGUCUUCUGCUAAGUCAGAUAUAAAAGAGAUUUGCAAAAAUGUAAAACAGUGCCACUCUUCUAACUUUUGUUUUGAAAACUAGUUACUUUGAAUAAAAAUAUUUAUGUUAACGUGA